AUGACAACGACAUCGGCGACUUCGACAGCUCAAACACCUCGUGUACGUAUUCGGACGUUAACUGUAUGUGAACCAUCGUAUCCUUCUCGAGAUAUUGUGCGACAACAAAAUUAUGCUCGACGAAAAGCUCAACAAGCACAAGGUUGGUGUUGUCCAAGAACAGUUUCCUAUCAAGGUAUUGAUCCCAUUCAUCUGCCAACUGAAUCUUUGAAACCAAUAACAAUGGAACGAAUAUCGAAUGCACCUCCUUUGGAAACACCAGCGAGAACAACAAAUAAUGAAAAUGGAUUAAAUCGACCGAAAUCUGGUUCAGUCGGACAAGAAGAGCUAUCGAUGAAAACACAAUUUGAAACAACUAUUCGACGUUUACACACAGCUCAACAAAAGCAUAUGAAAAAGUCGAGUGAAAUUUUAAAAGGUGUCCAAUUGGGACAAAGUAUUAAAGAUGUUGUUGGAAAAUUUCCUCGAGCGACCAGUACUCGUGUCGAAACUGGCGACAGUCACCAUGGAGCGCCUAGUACAAAUAGUGAUGAUAAAGAAUCAGAAAUUUUAUAUGACAGACUACUUGAUGAUUUUGAAGAAGAAGAUGAAGCAGAUGUAUCAUCAAGCGUUAACCACAGUGAGAGUGAUAUUCGUGAUGACAUUAUGUCACCGAGAACCGCCACCAAUACCAAUUUAACCAACACCAAUUCCACAGAGAUAUCCGAAUUACCUAAACAUCAUCCACCAGAAAUAUCAUUCGUACCAAUGAAACUAUGUCAAUCGGCUCCACCAUUGAAUCGUAAUAAUCUUCGACAAGCAACAUUACGUCCAUUUACACCGCGCUAUAGCGGUCUUUCAGCAAGAUUACGUAUUACAAGACAUAUGCCAUUUAGAGAUGCUUUAUAUCGACAAUUAUGUUGCAUUCUAUGGUUAUUACGAGCUAUGGCUCGAUCGGAUUGGUCAGAAAUGAUCAGUGGUUGUUGGAAUAUUGAUCAAUGGUUAAGAAAUGAUGCUCGUCAACAUGUACAUAAUUAUCAUCAUCAACAAACAAAAAAACAACAUGAACCUAUUAAGCCACAUCCUUCCAAAACUAUUCCACUCAUAUCGACAACAAAUGUAACCAAAGAAAAUCCACUUGUGUCACUACGAGCAGCAGCUACAAAUAGUGAUACUUCAAGAAAACAACAUUUAAGUGUUGAAUCAAGUGUAACUCGUUUUCCAGAAAUUACUCCUGAUGAUCAACAUGCAAGUCGUAGUAGAUUAAGUGAUACUAGUGAACGAUUAGAUAUACCACUCAAUUCAGCAAAUAUGGAUUCAGAUUUUAAUGAAUCAUCCUCAUCAAGAAGUAAUCCGGGCGAUGCAGUUGAUAGUGCUAAUUUCGAAAGUAGCCAUCAAACAAUCAAUAUACGUUCCACUGCAGCUACACCAGCUAUAUUCUUAACUAAUACAAGUCGAACAUCAACAUCAACUAAUUUCGGCCAAUCAACUGGCCGCGGUAUGCGCGGUCGUUUGACAUCGAUUCACGAACGAAAACGUAGUCCUGAUAUAUUACUUAAACGAUGGUUAAAAAAUCAAAAGUUAAUAGUGAAAAAAUCCGAAGAAGCUCUACCAUUAACUGCAGCACAAAUACGUUUAUUACGUGUAGGCGAUAAUGACGAUCUGAAAAAAAUAUUUGGAUUAGAAAAUGCAACAGAUAUUAAUAAAGAACAAGUCAAAGUACAUCGAACACGUGAAACUGAACAAAAACUUGUAGCAAAUGUGAAACGGCGUCCAACAACUUGUGUUGGUACCGGCCAAUCGAAACGUCAUGCACAAAUUUUAAAUAAAAUCAAACGAGAUUUUAAUGAUUUUACCGAAGAACAAUCAAUUAUUUUAAAUAAUAAACUUGAACAAGCUGAUAACGAUCGUCUAUUUUAUUGUCAAACAAAAUUACGUGAACUUCAACAAAAAAUGCCACCGUUAACUAUACUUGAUCAUCUAUUAAAACAUUUACGUUUUGAUGAAGAUAAAAAGAAGAUCGAUGCUGCUUAUCUUAAAUAUCAAACAUGGUAUGUGGAUUUAAUACAAAUGAUUCAACCUGAUUAUGCUGAUGAUCAUAUAAUAAUACUUUUGCUAAAAGAGAUGGAAGAAUAUGCAAAUCCAAGUGAUAAGCCUACAGUUAUCCGGUUAAAAGCUGUUUUAAGCGACUUACGACCCCACGAAAUAUGUCAUCCGGAUAUAAUGGCUGCCAUCGAAUUUCUUCGUAUUCAUGUUGUCAAAAUGACAAAUGAAGAAUUCGAUAAAUUUUUUUGUAAACAAUUCCCAACAGUUACAAAAUAUAUUAUGAUUCAAGACGAGACAACAGACAGCGAUGAUACUAAAUUAGAAAUACAAUCUGCUCUAUAA